CAUGGAGAUUUACUUACGCUGUUGCUCAGCAUGACGUGCUUGUGGUUCUUUCUGAUCAAUCCAGGGACCUGACAAAAUUGUUGAACAGGGCCUCCCAGUCACUGCACUCUCACUAUGAACCUGGCCACACCGAGGGCCUUCUUCUGUGUCAGCCAACUAACGGAAGAACGUUUCGCCUAAGCAAUCAAGAAACAAUACGGACCUUCCUGUCGGUAGACUUUCUCGCCUUAUCGUGGUGUAUUGAACAAGCAGGUUGUGAACGGAAGAAAGCUCAGGCUUUUCUUAAGCACACGAUAUACACUCCAAACCGAUUAUAGGAUGAAUGUUUUUCUGCGAGCGAGUCUGAGAGACAAUCGAGCUACCCAAAGAUAUAAAGGCUUCACUCCUUGCAUCCAUUGUACACUCAACACCCUCCAACGAUCGCUACUGCUUACAUCUAACCACAAUGAAGCUCACUUUAUCUUUUGUUUGUGUUGCCAUUGCUUUGCUGCAGAUGACAGCGGCAUCUCCGGUCGUCAAAGAUGUCGAGAAGCGCGCGCAAAAGCCGUUCCCGUAUCUUGUUGCUGAGGACCCCUCUGAGGUCGAGAAACGCGCGCAAAAGCCGUUCCCGUAUCUUGUUGCUGAGGACCCCUCUGAUGCCGAGGUCCCCCCCAAUAAGGCAUUCACAAACGUCGCCGCCGAGAAAUCCCGUGAUGUUGCGGACCCCCCUGUGAAAUCAUUCUCAUACAUUGUUGCGGAGGAAUCCCGUGAGGUUGAGCCUCCCAACAACGGUCCCCCUGAGAAGGAAUCCCGUGAGGUUAAGCCUCCCAACAAGGGUUUCCCCAAGAAGGAAUCCCGUGAGGUUAAGCCUCCCAACAAGGGUCCCCCCAAGAAGGAAUCCCGUGAGGUUGAGCCUCCCAACAACGGCCCCCUCAAGGAGGGCCCCCCCAAGGAGGGCCCCCCCAAGGAGGACCCCCCCAACACGGCCCCCCUCAACAAGGGCUCCCCCCCCCAACACAACGAGGCUCUCUAA